AUGAAAUUAGAAUCGUUAUUCACACGUGGCUCUAAUGCUGUUAAAUCAAUUGCAGCUUCGAUAAAAAUAGCUGAAGCAGAUAUGAAGAACUUGCAAAAUACUUACCGUGAUUUAAUCGUAAGUGUUGCAAUAGCGCAUCAAAAUAUGAAACAACGACCCAUUGCAACUGCACAACAAAAAAUCUUAACGAAUGGUGAACAAAAGGUUCAACAAGAUUCAAAUCCCAUUUACAAAAACAAACGUGACCAACAUGCUCCAACCAGUAAGCAAAAUGCAGCCAAUAGUCUCACUCAUUCCCACAAUAAAUCAACAGAGCAGACAUCUAGUAGCGAUAAUCACCCAGAUAGUGAACCAACUGUCGAUCGUGAUGUGGACGCUUUCGAUGAUGAAAACAACAAAGCACCUAAAUGUAAUUGGAUAUAUCGUAUAGUUCGACCUGCGGUUCUAGUACUAUUGGUAUUAAUUAUUAUAAUCUGCAUUGUUUAUUUUGUACAACCAAAGUGUUGCGACAACCUCAACAAUUUGUCCAAUAGUUUUCGACCACAUUUGCAGUAUGUACGUGGCCCACCGCCAGUAUGA